CCAAUGUUUACUUUACUAUAGUUGUUCAAGAGUUUUCUAGUGUUUCAACAUUCUUGAGUACUUUCUUUAUGCAGUAUCAUGAACAUGUUGGCUAUUUGUUAAAAGAAAAUGUUUGAUACAUCUGACAUAUGAGGUGAAUGUACGAGAAGCAAUGGGACACAGAGCCCCUGUGAGUUGACUGGAUUACAAGUCAGCAGCAGUCGGCAGGUUGUUUAAUCUUAGGCUCCAUUGAUUCAAGUCAAGAUAUUCCAAAGUAAUUAAGUUGCAGAAAAAUGGAUGUUAAUUCCAACAUUAAGAAGGAGGAUGGGUUGGGAUCUAAUGCUGAUGUCCUCACCCUGCCAAAGACCAGAUAUAGAACUAAUAACAAUCUGCUCUAUGGGAUAGAUGUAUUGCUCAACUGUACCGUCUUCACUGGACUCAAUAUGUUGUUCUGGACCGUAACCACGGCGCUGUUUGAUUACUACAUCUACCCUACUGACACCUAUCUCAGUAACUGGAGCUCGACUAUAGGUGGCGCUACCUGUAUGCUCAUUUUAAGUGUCUCACAGGAAUCUUUGUUAUAUAGAAUAUCUCGAGACAAUGCCAGAGUAUAUCUCAUUGCAAGCCGACUCUAUGGUUAUUUAACUGCAUGUUCUGGUAUCUUGUUCACGCGUGGAGUAACUAAUAUCUAUGAUAUGUAUGAUGGGACCAGUAGCGAGAGUGCUAUUUACUCUAUUCUGAUUGGCUAUAUCCCGUUGCUCCUCCUUGGAUGCACUCGUAACUUAGUGGCUCCCCCUGUAUGCAGUGGACAAGACUCAGAAAAAUCUUAUUUCGUGGUGGAAGGAUAUUUCCGAAGCUCUACUCGGCAAAAAUUCAAUUUUUUACUGGAUCACAUAUUUAGUAUCGUUGUUGUUGAUGCCUUAGUAGUGAUCACUUGGCGGGGAAUUUCCAACCUAGCAGCCAAUCAAAUCUCACCUGAGGACCCCAAGCUUGCAGCAUUUACAAUCUGUUACUAUGGCUACCUGGUAAUAUUACUCUGCUUCGCAUUACAAUAUCCAUUCUUCCAUAUUUCUACCUCCUCACAGGAGAGACAUUUAACCAAGCUAAUCACAGAGGAUGUUUUCGUAACAAUGAGUGCAUUUGCGUCAAUUUUCCUAUGGAAGGGACUAUGGGAGGUAUUUAAUAUUUACAUCGUGCAAGGAAAUGAUGUGUCUGUGCUAUGGGGUCUUAAUAUCGGAGCAUACCUUCUAGCAGCCGUCUUGAAUAUAAGCUGUGGACUAUUUGAACCAAGUGUGGACAGAGAUGGUUCCUAUGAGAAUGGGGAUGGAGUCCUAUUCCCAAUUCACUACCUCAGCUGUCCACAUAACAAAGUGGAAAAACUAAAGGAAGAAUAACUUUACCAUGUUACCAAGCCUCAAAUACACCAGUUCAAAGCAAGUCUAUAAUACAUAGUUACAAUAAAAUUAGAUAUGCUGGUAUUUGAAUAAUAGAAUUUCACCUGACAUGAUUAACUUGGUAAGCUUUGAUAUAAUGAAAGGAUAAUGAUUUACCUUGACUUUAUGACAUAUUAUAUGACCUAAUUAAUUUGACCUGAUGUGCCUGAUAUUUUGUAAUGUAUGCUCAGCUGAACCAAUCAGCUUCAUAAAGAUCAGGAUUCAGGAACUAUGAAAGCAAAUACAUUUAAUAUGGUUUUACAACAUUAUAUAUAUUUUUCUAAUACAUCAUGCCCAAUUAUUCUCUAACAUACUAAAUGUAAACUUAAUUGUACAAAUAUAGUAGUGUAUGAGAUAUAUAUAAUACAGUCACCCUUAUACAUUUAUAAAGCUUAUAAUAACUGUACUAGAUACUCAUUCAUUCAUACUCAUUAAACUGUGGAAUCCAGGGUGUGGAAUAAAUGAAUUUACAAUGAUAUGAUUAUAAAAACAUGAAUAUGAUUUUGUAUUCAGUAAAAAUAGAUUGCAAGUUGAAUUGAAUGAUGAGGGAUAAUAACAUCUGAUGUGUGAAAAUUAAUGAACAACCUCAGAUCAUAUGAAAUAUGAGCGGAGUAUCACAG